CGAUGGAAUCAAAACUUAACCUCGAACAAGCUCAUGAUCUGGAACAGAACUGUUUUUCAGCAAAGAUGCUCUUUUAAUGAGGUUUCAAUCUACCCCUACAACUCCCCCCUCCCCUGCCCCCAGGCUCCCUCUCUAGUUCCUUCCUUUCUCCCCCGGUUCCCUCCCUGGCCUUUUCCCUUGCUCCCUCCCUUUCUCCCUGGCAUCUUCCCUGGCUGUCUCCCUGGCUGCCUCCCUCCCUAGCUGCGUCCCUCCCUGCCUCCCUGGCUGCCUCCCUGGCUCCCUCCUUGGCUCCCUCCCUACAAGGCCCCCUCCAUGGGGUCUUCCCUGGGUCCUUCCCUCCCUCCCCGCCUCAAGCUCUAUCAAUCGGUGCCUCCGUUCUUUGCAUUAUUAUUAUUAUGUUUUAUGUUUAACUUGGUGCUAGAUUAGAAAAUGAAAGAUGCCGUUUAGUGCGAAAAGGUUAGAAAUGCUAUAUUUAUUUUAUUAUUGAUUCCCUUCAUCUAUUACAUACAUACAUAAACUUUCUUAAUGUGUCUUAACAUUUAGCCGAUGGGGGAAAAACCCUCGACUAAUUGGUGACACAUAUAAUGGUUAGUAGGUUAUUAAAAUAACCUACCAACUAUUUUCUAACGAACUAUUAGCGCCCAUUUCAGAUUUCAGGUACAAGCUGGGCUUUUCGGAGAUGAACGAUUCCUUCUCCAUCUCCAGCUACUUUUAGACUAAGAUAUAUUUCUUCCUCAUUCAGGACCACCAACAACUCCGGCGCCAGCAACUCCUCCACGAACAGAACAACCUAUUGACCAAGGGAGCGUCGAGUGUGGCACUAGAGUCAUGGGAACCAGAAUUGUUGGUGGCACUAAUGCUAAACCAGGGGCUUGGCCAUGGCAAGUGACAAUGGACUACAAGGGACAUGCUGCAAGACCUCACUGGUGUGGUGGCUCAAUUGUUUCUCCGCAGUGGAUUGUGUCAGCGGCUCACUGUUUUGCUUAUACUGAUGCUCCUGAUCAGUACACUAUUGUUGCAGGAGAUCAUGACCUGAAUGGACAAGAAGGGUACGAGCAAAAUAUACCAAUCGAAAAGAUUAUCAAACACCCAAAAUAUGAUGCUUACGCCAAUCACGAUUAUGACCUAGCUCUUAUUAAGCUCCAGUCUCCACUCACCUACAACAAGCGCGUCAGGCCUGUGUGUUUUCCAAAGUUUGACUUUCCCAAGGAUACCAAGUGUUACAUCACUGGCUGGGGACACACAGCAGAAGGAGGAGACAUUCCGCAGAUACUGCAACAGGCUCAAGUGCCACUCAUCACACGUGACUCCUGUCAAGCCGCUUACCAAGACUUAGGCUACACUAUCACAAAGCGCAUGCGCUGUGCAGGAUACGCUGCGGGAGGGAUUGACGCAUGCCAAGGAGAUAGUGGAGGACCGCUGGUCUGUUCCGAAGAUGACAACAAGUGGUAUCUGAUGGGCGCGGUGAGCUGGGGUGUAGGCUGCGCGCGCGAAGGUCGAUAUGGAGUGUACGCUGACUUGAUGGAUUUGAAGUACUGGGCGCAAGAAACUAUCAACGCAAAUUGAUUCCUCUAAAGGAAAUUCACGCGGUUGCUUUUAGAGCGGGUAAACAAAUAAAAAUGGAUUGCUAGCUUGA